AACACUGUAAACACAGGCAGGCUGCUGGACUCGGAGAGAAGCGACAUCACUAUGGAGGAAAUUGUCUCUGAGGACUUUCCAGAAGCACAAGCAUCAACAACUGAUGCUGAUGCUCCACAGUCAACCUGGACAGAUGAAGACACAGAAGAAGAGGAAGAUGGAACUUGGGAGGACCUUCUAAAGGAUGGAGAUGAAUUUCCCACUGAUUUUUCUAUGGAUUUUGAGGACCCAGAUUGGGCUGUGAAUGAGUCCAUAGAUAUGAAGGCUGAUGGGAAGGAGGGGAGCUACGUUGACAGCACACGGAUGUUCAAGCUGAGAAGGAACCUGGACCAGUUGGACAGCUUUUACAGGCAGAAGGAGCUCAACGUGUUAAAGGCCAGGGAGGAACUGAAAGCCUGCCGACUCCACCUGGCUGAGCUGGGCGAAGUGCGGGACGACUUGGAAACAGAGAUAGAGAAGGAGAUACAGGCUGAGAACAGCGUGGCAGUGUUCCGCCUACGUGCCCGGCACAAGUGCCUGUGUGUGCAGCUCCAAGAAGAGGAGGAGCUGGAGGCUCAUCUAGGCAUGGUUCUGCAGGAGCAUGAGCUGGAGCUGUGUGAAGUGGAGGUAGAACUGAGUCGUUUUCUCAGCCUGCGUCAGCAGGUGGAGCAGGAUGAGAAGAAUUUUAAUGCCCAGAAACAAGAGAAGCACAAUCAACGAGUCCAGCGGGAGAAGAACAUUGCAAAAGGAGCCAGACUGAGAGUGCUGCGUGCUAAAAAUGAGCAGGAAAAGGCCUUAAGAGAGCAGGCAGAGCUUGACCAGCGGAGGCGAGAUCAGGCUCUGCUGAGCCAAAAGAAAGCAGCAGUCUUCCUCAAGCAGACUCUGAAUAGGAUGCGUCAGAAAGAGUCAGAGAGAGAAGGAAAGAGAAAAGAACAGAUGAAAAAGAGGAUGGAGGCAGCGGCAUCACUGAAGGCCAAUAUAGCUGCCACUCAGGAAAAAUUAUGUGUUAGACAGGUCAAGGAGAAAGCCCGCUUGCAGGAGCAGAAAGAGCACGAGAAUCAUCAGAAGGAAACACUGCAAGCAGCAGGCGUGAACAGCAUCAGACUCAUGCACCUGCAGAAAGCUCAGGAGGACCUCCACAGAAAGCAGGAGGCAUUCCAGGAGAGGCAGAAAGCCAGGCGAAUAGAGAUUGUCUCCAAACUCCUCUUAGAGGAUGAGAUGAAGGAGAAACGACAAGCACUCCUCUACCAACCGACACCACCACACGUGACUCAGAGCUCAGCUCUGAAACAACGAGAACAGAGGCUAUUACAGAGCAUCCUGCCUCCAUCAACACCAGCAGAGCGAGAGGCAGGACUGACCCAGCGCCCUGCAUCAUCUCGUGUGAGCUCCAGAAGUGAUGUCAGCUCCUCUGUGGACUUCAUUAAGGAUGAGAGAAGUAGCAAGGGCAGUGAAGCUGCGGAAAGAGAAGGAGAAGAAAGAGAGUAUCUUUUCGAGCCCGAGUUUACUGGCCUGUGGAGUCGUAUGCACCGGGAUUUCACGAGGACUACAGAUGAACAUAUUCCUGUUAAAGAAUCCAAUCCGUGGUCCAUGAAGACUACCUUGGAGAGAAGUUUGGCUUCAAAAGCUGCCAAGAAAACUGCAGGUGGCAAAGAAUUUAAAAAAGCAUUCGUCAGCAAGCCAGAAAUGGUCCUCUUUAAGGACUUUGAUGUUGGAAAGACAUACAAGAAGAAGAUUAUACUUACAAAUGUCUCUCACAGCACAAACUACUGCAGACUUCUGGGAGUUUCACAGAACCUUGUGGAUUUCAUAUCAGUAAGUUUUGAGCCUCCUGGGCCGUUGUCUGCAGGCAUGGCAUGCGAACUAGAAGCUGUUUAUAAACCUUUGCUCAAUGAAAAUUUGGAUGGUGAGAUCCAGCUCCAGUCAGCCACUGGCCCUUUUUCUGUUCCCAUCAAGUGCACAGUGAAAAGAUGUGAGAUGGUUGUUGAUAGCAGGCUCAUUGACUUUGGCACCCAUGUGGUCGGGCAGACAAUUUCACGGGUAAUCACCCUGACCAACAGGGGGGCUCUGGGUACUCGCUUUGCACUGGCUCCCCACUCCACCAAUCGCCUUCCACCUCAACUAUCCAAACAUCCUUCUCCUACCACACAGGUCCCUGCUGACAGCAGCAGUGUGAAAGCUGCUGCUUUGAAUCCAGUCCCAGAACAAAUUGAACCUGAGGUCCAAAGCACUGCAUGCAUCAGUUCCACAGAAGUACAAACAGAUUCACCCCCCACCAGCUGUAAAGACGGCUUUGAUGCUGAGGCAACAGGAGCUGAUCAAAGUUCAGAAGACAAGUGUCUGGAUUUGAGCUUCACAGGAAUCGGCUCACAGGACCACGGCUCUGAAGUCACUGAAAUAAGCAUUGGUGAAAUACAUGAAGGUGAAGUGAGCCCCUUCAGUAGUGUCAAACUGCCCGUCGUUUUCACACCAACCAUUCCAGGAGAAACCAAGCUGGACAUCCAGAUCACCUUCUCACAGCCGGAGUGUGAAGCGAUUAUGGUCUCAGCCUGUGGUAUUGCUGAGAGUGUUCCUGUGUGGGUGACCAAGCCAAGCAUGGACCUGAGGAUCUGCAUGUAUGAUCGACUUUACCAAGACAGCAUUGAAGUUCAAAGCAGAGCCAAUACAGCCCUCAAAGUAACCUUCGAGGUGUGUAAGGAGAUGAAGAACCACAUGGACAUCUUGCCUAAAACCGGCUUCAUCCAGGCCAAAUCCAGCUUCCGUGCCCAGCUCAAGUUCCUGCCCAGACGUAGCUUACCAGUGGAUGCCAAGUCCCUCUUUGACCAGGACACAGGGGUCCUGGAGGUGCCUUUGGUUAUACAGGUGGCUGACCAGGUGAGGCCUGUGUCGUUCACUGUACAUGCAGUUGUCACCACGUCUGAUCUGGAGUUUGAUCGCACUGAGGUGGACUUUGGUCACUGCUCUGUAUUUGAGUCCGUCCGGACCAGCGUGCGACUGACCAACCGCUCCCUGCUACCACAGGACUUCGGCUUUGUGGGGAUUCCAAAGUUCAUUGAUGUUCAGCCUAAUGAUGGCUUCGGCACCCUGCUCCCACUGCAGUCCCUGGAGAUUGAUCUGAUCUUCAGUGCUUCAAAGGCUGAAGAAUACAACUUUCAGCUCACAUGCAAGUCAGGAAUUAACAGAGACUUCCUGUUAUCAUGUUGUGCGAUUGGUGUCCGCCCCUUGCUGGAGCUUUCUGAUUCGCUGGUUGAGUUUUGUGGGACAGCAGUGGGAGACCGCUCCACCGCAGUGCUGUAUGUUGUGAAUUCCUAUACCAGCCCCAAUAAGUUUACACACCCUGCACCUCGAAUUGGGAAGAACCCCAUUCCUCCAGUGGGUCCCAGACUCUUCACAUUCGCCACACCAGAGAAUUCUGAAAUCACUGUUUCCCCUGCAUCCGGACGCGUCCUGCCGGGAAAGAGGUGUCUGGUGCAGGUUUCAUUCAGCCCACUGCUGUCUGAUGAAGACAUCAGGGCGGAGGCUGCUCAACUGCUGUGUCGUAGUGAGGAAACGCGUGUGCUGGAGUCUCAGAAAGCUAAUGCUCCAACAGCGAACAAAACAGAGACACAGCAAGAGACAAAGAAGGGGAGGAAGUCUUCCUCAAACCACGGCUCAGGCAAACAAGCUGUGAAGGAGAGGGGCAGCAAAACGUCUCUGACCCCAAAAAAUGACAGUCCCUUGCAGCCCCCGAAUCCAGCAGAGAUCCAGAAUGGCUCAGACGAGUAUGCUGCUGGAAAGGCCUCUCUCCUGCGCUCUUUUAAAGAGCGAUUCAGCCGUUAUGUCAUCCCUUGCUUUGUUUCUAAUGGCGACAUUAUGCAACAGGAGUCUGAGGAGCCUAUAUACAGUCCCCAUAACACCCUUUAUCUGGAGCUGCAUUGUCCAGCCAUCAGACCAUUACUGGUGGUCAUUUCUAACAAUGGAGAGACCACAAUCAACUUUAACCAGGUUAUAUUAGGUCAGAAGGUUUUGAAAAGAGUGACAGUCCAGAACAUCUCCUCAGAGACUGUGAAGCUGAAAUCUUCACUGAUGGGUCUUAAUGGGCCGUUCUCCGUUCAGAACGCUAUGAGAGAGGUCAGACCUGGAGACACCCACACACUCCUGCUGGCUUUCACUCCAGCUUCGGCCAAAAAGUACUGUGAGAAGCUGGAGGUGAGCUGUAGUAAAAUGGCUCUGGAGUUUACGCUGUGUGGGGAGGGCAUUAAGCCUCUUGUCACCUGCUCUCCUGAGGGAGGAGUCAUGAACUUUGGAGAUGUGCUGGAGAAAGAAACCACCACCCAAACCUUUACGCUGCAGAAUUCAUCCUCUGUACCGGUUCAGUUCAGGGUGUUGUUGGACAGUCUCUCUAAUCACAGCAUCUCCCGCUCCCUCCCAGCAUUCCUCUCUUCACACUCCACACCACACUCAACCCUGGGCACUCAGAACUACAGCGGGCAGAGUGUGUUCAGUGUGGCACCAGCAGAGGGUGCCGUGGGCCCGGGAAAAACUCAGGACAUCACUGUGACUUUUCAGCCUGACCAUAAAAGCCGACAUUACCGAGACACACUCAGGGUGCAACUUCUGAACAAACAGACAGUGUGUGUUAAGGAGUUGCGAGGAGCAGCAUGGUGCCAUAACAUGUUUGUGUGUGGUGGGGAUGCGUUGGACGUGUGCUCUGAAUCACUCAUCCCUAAUCACAUAUACAACCCAGCAGAAACAGAACACACAGAGGGCGAGAAGCCACCCACUCCAGUGUUGCUGACUAUGAGGAGUGUGUAUGGUGAGGGCAGGAUGAUGGCAGCAAUGCGGGAAAUAGAGGUGGGCUGCAUCCGUACUUCACAGCCUGUUGCUAAGAAGAAUGUGGAGUUUCUCUGGGAGAAAAUGGAGGCUCUCCAGCAGCACGGCUUCAGUGUGGACCCCUCUAAAGGAAGUGUGGAGGCAGGACACAGGCGCACCAUCACAGUCACCUGGACUCCCUCUGCUGGCCACACACCCAACGAGGUGAUUCAGGUCUGUGUUCCCUUAAUAUUGAGAGGAGAUGAAACCGAAGUGUACAAUGUCACACUCCUGGCCUACACAUCCCACAGCAAACACUGAGUAUAAGAGAGUUCUCUGAUAGCAGAGUGACGUGCCUCACUGUGGAAAACGCCUCAGGCUUGUCCGACCAUGGAAACACCAUUGACACCACAUCUGUCCAGUCACACCUGGAACACAGGAACUCUGCAUCUCCUGUAUUCACCUUAUUUUCCAUGACAGCAAGAAGAGCUGUCAGAACUGUAACAAUAAGCGUACAGAAUGAGUAGUAUAAUAUGAGGUAAAGGGUGUCGGAAUAAUUUCGCUUAAAUAACAAUAAGUCUUAGGUCUCCAUCUAACUUGUCUAUACCACCUUUCAAAGUAAAGGCCCUGCUUUAUUGGUCAGAGGCAGAGGUACUCAAACUUUUUAGAUCGUGUUGUCUAUAAGUACCACCAAGUGUUAAGCAAUGUGUGUGCUUUGAAACUAUUGGGAAUUAUGAAGUUCCACGUGGUACUAUGUUUUAGGGCCUGGAAAGGUGAUGUUUUCCUUCUAAUUCAGCAGGUCUCACUGCUAAGCUAUGUUAAGUAAACAAAAAAAAACAUUUUCAACCAAGUCAAACUAGUGCUGUAUUUCUCUCCUGAAAACUGUUAAUUUGCGUGAGUAAAGCGCUUCUGUUUAUGUACAGUAAGCUUCGAUUUCCAGACUUUCACUAUAGCUGAGUGCAGCAAUAUUAUCAUUAGCAGCUAGCCACUAGAGCUAGCUGCGGUUAGCCACUAAUUCUGCCAGACAGCUCUACCCUGAAUGUUCCAGUACGACAGGGUAAUAUUGGAUAGCUGAACGGCAAAAGAGCUACUCCUUUGCGACUAAUGCUAAUCCUGCUCCAGCAGGGCUAGCUGGGGUUACCAGCAGGCUACAGGCCUAGACCAGAUUAUUACAGUUUGAGAACCACUGAUCUAAGGCAUCUAGUAACAUCCACCCAAACAUCCGUGUGUUUGCUCCUACCAUUGCCGUUGUACGAAGGCGGGGUUACACCUCGGAAUUAAGGGAUGACAGUCUUGGUUAGUAUAUAUAUGCAUAUUGAAAGUUCUAGCUAUAUUUCUUAUAACUAGAUUUAUGUGUGCAACCAUCAUAACUACAGUAUGUGUGUAUUCACCUCACACACAUGUUGCAAUACAGUGGUAAGAAAAGGUUUGGGCAACUCUGAU